CCAGAACCACCCCUCUAUUCUUUCCUCUCUGUAUAUAUACUGAUCAAGCAUCUUCUUCCAACUUCACAGACGAAGCUCGAAUCUCUUGCAACCGUCUUGAAGUCUAGUAAUAUCAAUCGAUCUCACUGCUCCGAUCAUGUCUUUCAGAUCAACGAACUAUUGGAGGCAAAUGGCCGGUAAGUUAAGAGGCGGCGCUACCUAUGCCACGUCAACAACACCGACAACCGCCGAUAAAUUAUACAGUCGCACAGGGAAGCGAUUGAAGGGAGACUUUGUUCCUGUGUGCGUGGCGAUCGGGAUGAUAGCGUUGUCCACGACGCUCGGCCUUCACACGGCGAAGCAGCAACUGGCGUACUCACCGACCGUGCGAGUGAGGAAGAAGACACGGGAGAGGCUGACGGAGAUUGAGGAGCCUGAAACAGUGGUUCAUUGGUCGGAGAAGUUGUUGACCAAAUCGCUUUUCAGGAAGGUGGCUCAUGUGCAAGAAUCUCAUCAGUUGUAUCAUCCGAUGCCUGAUCCUGUCCAUAAAGAUGCGUUUGCCCACAAGCCUCGAGCAGAGACUCUCAAGGACCUUGGGGUUGAUCCUACGCUCCAUUAUUAAUGAACUGCUUUUGCUUUGCUUCGUGACAAUCUGCUCUCUCUAAGCAUAUUAUGUUAGCGUGUUUACUCUUGUUUUCUUUGGGUAACUAGGGAUGCUGGAGAGCUUUCCGGAUACUCCCCUGAGUUAUGAUUGUAAAUAUCCUAAACUAAUAGAAGGCAAAUAUUGUAAAUCGUGAUGUGGUUAGUUGCAUUAUCUCAGUGUAUAUAUAGAUGUAUGUCUCUCCUAGGUUGAGAUGAUCCUAUUAAUUGCAACGAAAACUUCCC